CUGAGGUCUCACGUCAUGAAACUGGCUGGGACAGUGAGAGGGCCUGAAACUUCCCAGCAGACAGCUCCAGGAAUCCUCUCCGACAGCCGGUGCCCCCGUCCUCCUGCUUCUCUAUGGUGUCCGGAGCCCAGCGCGAUGCCAAGGGUCAGCUAGCUGCCAUGUUCAGCAAGAAAAAGAAACGCAUUGAGAUCUCGGCCCCAUCUAACUUUGAACAUCGGGUGCACACCGGCUUCGACGAGCAGGAGCAGAAGUUCACAGGACUCCCGCGACAAUGGCAGAGCCUCAUAGAAGAGUCGGCCAAGAGGCCCAAGCCACUGGUGGACCCGGGAUGUAUUACCACCAUCAGACAUGGGCCACAGAAGACAAUUGUACGCGGCAACAAGGUGUCACGCGACGGCUCACUGACUUGGCUCCUGGAUGAGUUCGAGAAUAUGUCCGUCUGUCGCUCUAACUCCCUGCGUAGAGAGAGUCCUCCAUGUCCCCCAAAGGAGGUACGCGUCCCUGUGGAAAACGGUGUGAGCGACGGGCGUGUCCGGAAACUACGCGAAGAUGGAGUUAGAGCUCCAGAGAGAAGCAGGACAGAACAUGGAAGGGAUGGACCAAGGGAAGAUCGUAGGGCAGCCCCCCAACAACCACGGGGACAGGAGCCAAGUGGCAAACACAGACCGCCCCCUCCAGAUUACCCCAGGACAUCAGAGAACAGAUCCACCCGCUCUCAUGAGAGAGUGGAUGGAAGGAGAGACCAUCCGGUGAUGGAUGGCGACUACAGCGAACCUGCUGAUAGGGUGGUAAGGAGAGAAAAGGAGGACAGAAGACCAAAAUCAGCAUACACUGGAGGGCCGGGCAGCCCGCAGUCACCUCGGGACAAAAGACCACUGUCUGGGCCCAAUAUCCGCACACCAGGUAACCCUGCCGCGGAAGGAGCAGCGAAGCCGACGCAACAGGCAGGGCGGCCAUUCAAUACUUACCCCCGUGCUGACACCGACCCUGGCAGGGGGGCACCUCCACAGGUUCCGGAUUCUCGUUCGGCCAACCCUCUCGACCCCAAAGUUUCUUCAAGCAAAGGCAGUUCUCGGCCACCUCCACCCCUCCAUCCUAAACCUAAACCUCCAGAAAAGCCAUCUGCCAUCAGCCUCUCCCAGCACGGCUCAGACCCCCAGCUCUCCCGCCCGCCACAGACACAGCAACCUCCCCAGCCUCGUUCCCCACAGAGAGAGCCUCAGCGGGUGUCACAUGAGCAGUUUAGGGCGGCUCUGCAGAUGGUGGUGGAUCCUGGGGACCCCCGAUCCUACCUUGAUAACUUUAUCAAGAUUGGAGAGGGCUCUACGGGGAUUGUUUGCCUUGCUACCAUCAAGAGUUCUGGGAAAAUGGUCGCCGUCAAAAAGAUGGAUCUCCGCAAGCAGCAGAGGAGAGAACUUCUAUUCAAUGAGGUGGUGAUCAUGCGGGAUUAUCAGCACGAGAACGUGGUGGAGAUGUAUAACAGUUACUUGGUUGGAGAUGAAUUGUGGGUUGUAAUGGAAUUUCUGGAAGGAGGGGCCUUGACAGACAUUGUGACGCACACCAGGAUGAAUGAAGAACAGAUCGCCGCCGUCUGUGUAUCCGUACUGAAAGCACUGUCUGUGCUCCACGCUCAGGGAGUCAUUCACAGGGACAUUAAGAGCGACUCCAUCCUACUGACCCACGAUGGACGGGUGAAGCUCUCAGAUUUUGGGUUCUGCGCCCAAGUAAACAAAGAGGUUCCUCGUCGGAAGUCUCUGGUAGGAACUCCUUACUGGAUGGCCCCAGAACUCAUCUCAAGGUUACCCUACGGUCCAGAGGUGGACAUCUGGUCUCUGGGUAUCAUGGUGAUAGAGAUGGUAGAUGGAGAACCUCCCUACUUUAACGAGCCUCCACUCAAGGCCAUGAAGAUGAUUAGGGACAAUCUGCCACCAAAACUGAAAAAUGUGCAAAAGGUAUCUCCUUUACUGAAGGGAUUCAUUGACCGGCUUCUCGUGAGAGACCCAAGCCAACGAGCCAAUGCUAAUGAGCUGCUGAAGCAUCCCUUCCUGACCAAGGCUGGGCCUCCAUCGUGCAUCGUCCCUCUGAUGAGGCAGAACCGCAUGAGAUGAGCCACACGCGGGGAAUACUCAUCCCUUUACGCAGCCCACCAAAGACUGAGAAUAUCUGGGGGAGCCAGAACACUAAGGUGGCAACUCUGGCAUCUGUUCCUAAUGUACCAGGGUCCCUGGAUAAAAACUACUGAUGGACGCCACUCAAGGUUGUUGUCUCUCUAUCUCUCUUUGCUCUCUUCUGUUCCCCGAGAGGACUUACCUGCAGUUCUCCUCGCAGUCCAUGGUAGCCCCACAAUCAUCUCACCUGACCUUAGAGUGCUCAGGUAAUUUAUUUGUAACCAUGCACAAUACGAGAGAUAUAGAGAGCAACCAAGAACAAUGCUGGGGGGACCUGGUAAACUGCUGUGACGACCACUUGGCACUUGGACAGACACAAGACGCUCCCCCUCGUUCCUUACCUGGGACUUAACACUGGAAAACAGACGUACUUAGACUGUGGUUGGGGGCAUCUGGAAUAAUGGAGGGUGGCCGACUCUAAUUUCUUGUGUUCUUAGAGGCCGAAUGUGUUAUCCACCUCCUGGUCCUACCUUAGUUAAUGCCUACUCAUUUGUAUCAAGGGGCAGAGGAAGCCCGGGGUCAGAACGUGACCGCCCCUCUUGUUUCAUGACAUUUCUCUAUGCUUUGCACGGUUCAGAAUACCCUCAGAGAUCCCAGAAGCUCUAGAGCAGGCAUGCUCAACCUGCGGCCCUCCAGCUGUUGCAAAACUACAACUCCUAGCAUGCCCGAACAGCCUACAGCAGGGCAUUGUGGGAGUUGUAGUUUUACAACAGCUGGAGGGCCACAGGUUAAGCAGUGCAUCUUCUGUAGGUAGGCUUGUGUUGCCCUCAUAGACACGAGCACCUGGAAUUGCACCCGACCCUAUUAAUGUAUGACAUACCAGCAUCCAAUGACAUUCAUGAUGUACUAACGCCUGCCAGACAAAAUAUCUUACCCUGUCAUAUUGCAAUUGCUCCUUAGCAGACGUGAACGCUUAGGACUUGUAUACUGAGCACCUUCAUGGCGGAUAUUUGACUCCUUUACCUCUGUGUGAAAUGAAGUCCAUCAGAUGAUGUCUAAGAACACUACAUAUGAUAUCACUACAAGUAAUCUAUAGGGGGUGACUGCAAAUAGCGCGGUAUAGUUUAUGACACCGGUGUGUCGAAGCUUAGCCCACAUUCACUUGACUAGGAGCUUAGCUGCAGUACCUCAGCAUGGCCACUACUCAGUGUAUGGUGCUGUCUGCCUCCAGCUCCGUACACUGUAUUUUUUCCAGCCCCAUGGCUGCCUGAAACGGCUACUCUGCGGGGGGUGCUGGGUGUCGAGCCCCUACCGAUCUGAUAUUGGUAAACCUUCCUGAGGAUAGGUCAUCAAUAUCUGUAGCCUGGAGAAACCCUUCAACACUUGAAAGAUUUUAUGGCCGACUUCCCCACUAACCUGCACAUUCUGCUCGUCUGUGUUACCGCUGAGGAGAUGAAAGGCUGAGGGACCUGUUCACACUGUGUUUGAAGGAAGAUUUCCCUUGACUGGAGGCCACUGCAGGAGAUGAAGCUAUUCAAUACAGCAUACAGAGGUAUAGCAGCCCAACAGAGACCAAAGGGACUCUCUUUUGACCUCCGUUGGGCGAGUCGGACCUAAUGGAUACAUUUGAUGUAUGCUCCAGGAACUGCAAGGGAAGCAAUAGUAUCUCAUAGGAAUAAAUUCCAACCUGACCACACCAUUUUUCCUCCAGCCCCCAUAGAAAUGAGAUGGUUGGCGGAUCUUCUAAGGCCACCUUAAAGGCUCUGUGCACUUUUUAUUUCAAUGCACUGAGGCUGGGGCUACACAGGUUUAGUUGCGUGAUAUAAGAUCGCAACGUCACUCUACCCAGUAGCGCCCUAUGACCCUCGAGGUCAUGCUGCCGUAACCCGACAGUCGUCAGAGGUCCUACCCUGCUAGAUUUCUGUGCGACUGCUUUCCCCAUCAUUACCACUCUCAUCAUUCGUUGCAACCGGCAGCAAGAGAUUUGCGAUCCUAAUGUUCUGCUGUCAAAAUGUCAUGUAGCCCUAGGCCAGGGAUGGGCAAACUGCGGCUCUCCAAGCUGUCGUAAAACUACAACUCCCAGUAUGCCCAGUCUUUCUACAGCAGGGCAUGAUGGGAUUUGUAGUUUUACAACAGCUGGAGAGCCGCAGUCCUAGCCUAAUGCAUCCUACAAAAAGUGAAGCAUCAUCACAUAUAGACGAUUAAAAGGAUCCCACCGUUUUGUAUGUACAUGGUCGGUGCACUUCUGCUGCCCCCCUUCCUCAUGACUGCAGGAUCUGACUGCACAGGGUUUGUUUGUAGUCUGUUACCAGGGAGACGCAUAAGCUUAUAUAAGAGCUGUAGACACUGUAAGAUUAUUUUUAACCAGACAGCACAUGCAAAGUUCAUUCAUUUUAUUUUAAUUUUUUUACUUUAGAUGCAUUAGAGCAAUUAAACGGUUGUGAAACUGGACAUAUCCUUUAAGCCUUGCCAGCUUUACGAGAGUGGUGACGGAUGUGUUGAGCUGGCGAGGACAGAGGGUGGUGAUAUAGAUUAGCAUCGCCUGUCCCCUCCGCUAACAAUCCCUGUAUAGUUUACUGUUUAGUGUAUCGUUGCUUUCCACGGGGGUCGUUAGACGUGUCCAUUACAAUAGUGCCUUACGCCAUAGAUGUCCGUUGUCGGCUCACGGCUCUUCCAUACGACAAUCAAGGACCAUCAGCUCCAAAUCCGCGACCGAUUGAGCAAGCAAUACUUGUAGCACUGGGAGUGCAGACUGCGGAGCUCCCCUCUGCCCCUCCCCCAUCCUUCCGCGAGUGACUACUGGUUAUAGUUUUAUAUAUAAAUAUAUAUUUAUAAAGUGUAUGUUUGGGAACACUGCAGUAUUCCUGCAUUCUGACCCGGAGACAGAAAUAUGCUGUGACAUUGAGGGACUUGAAACAAAAAAAAGGAUCUCUGCUUUUCAGUUAAUUUGUACAAAUAAAUUCAACUGUAUUUUGCAUCUUUUGGUUUGAACAGAGCGAAAUAGUUUAAUGACUAGUUUUACAAAUACAGUUUUGG